UAUUCUAUUAGUCAAACUUGAGGUGAUCUGGGAAGCCAAACCGGAAUAGAACAACCAGUAAAACAUAAAGGUCUAUGAAAAGAACGUGCAUUCCUAGCUAACAAAUCUGCAAUCUCAUUAUGUGUCCUUGGAAAGUAGCUGAUCUUGAAGUCCGAAAAACACAACCGAAGAGUUUGAAUGAUUUUCAGCUCAGUUGAGAAGUUGUGCCAAGCUUGUGGCUGUUCCAUCAUUGCAAUCAGAUCCUUGCAGUCCGUCCCAAACCUCUGACAGGUCGUGUGUUAUAUCAUGCUCUCCAUUGCCCAUUGUAACGCUUCCAGUUCUGAGUGUAAAGCUGUCUCCCGCCUCCUCAAGUUCCUUGACCCCAUGAGUUGAAUCUUCCCCGUUGUAUCCUUCCAAACCCAUCCCAUUCCACUAUACUGAGCGGUGGAGGUCCAUGAACCAUCCACCAUACAAAUAUUACCCAAGCUUAAGGCUUGUGUUUCUUCAGCAGUCUGUGCAUGUGGCGGGACCGGUACAGUGUCUCUUGCAUUGUACCAAGCUUGGCACUCACUCUUUGCAUAUCUGACUAGUUCCAAUAGGUCUCUGUCUAUUCCUCUAAACAAUUUAUCGUUUCUAACUUUCCAGAUGUACCAAAUUAUCCAAGGAUAAGGAUCUCUAUCAUCCUCUGGCUGCAGAAUACCAUUCUUUCUCCAAAAAAGAUAGUCCAUAUUAGCAUAAAUACUAGAUACCGGAAAAAUUUGAGAACUCGACGUCGUUGAUGAUAGUUUCUAUGCUUGUAAGGCCGGUGGGCACUCAAAGAUAACAUGAGUAACAGUCUCUUCUGGUGCUCCACAUCUUGGACAAACUCUAGCUAUUAAUGUUAGCAUUUCAUAAGCAUGCAUAUUAUAUAGUCAUGAUUAUAUAUUCUCCGUAAAGGAGACCGUAUUGAUUUUCUCCACCACUUUUUCUUCUUUUCACUUUCCUAAGGUGAUAUUUAUAAUGUGUGUGUGUAUGUGAUUUAAAGCCGAAAUUAAUCUACACUCCGGAUAACAUAGAAAAAAUGAUGAAAAAAUGUCGAUAUAGUAUCAACCGUCGAAGAUAGAACUAAGAAAGUGAUGCCUCCCUAUAAAUAGAUGUGGAAACAAAGACAAAUCCUUUCUAGAAAUGUUAAAACAAGAAAAGCUAAUUUUACCUUCAUUGAUGAGGCAUCAGCAUGUGUAUGUGCCCUUUUGGGGAAACAAUAAAUUAAUUUUGUGUAUAACACAUCGAAAAUUUCGUGACAAGAAAGUGAUGACAGAAGGUGCUUGUGUAUGGUCUGUUAAUUAGGUGAGCAGCAGCCGACCUAGAGAGAGAAAAAGUAUAUAUAGGAAGAGAGACUAGGGUUUUAAAUUUUAAAUUUGGAGAUAUAGCACAGAGAGAUGAGUUUUUAUGGUUUGGUGAUCGUGCCCAUCAUUUUUCACUUGUUUUCUGUGUUUUAACGGUUUGUUAUUUAAGACAUCGUACUAUAUGUUUUACCCCUAUUACAUUUCCCUCAAGGACUUAUCAUAUUCAAGUUAUAAGAUUAUCUUCUUCUUCUUUUUUUGCAAACAAGUUAUAAGAUCAUCGAUUAAUUUACUUGUAGCACAUUAGUAAAAGUCCAACAGAACAAAUUCAAGUUUGGAAAGUCAACAUUGAGACGGGCAUAAUUACAUACUCACACAUACUGUAUAUAGGUCGAAUCAAGGCCGGGAUAAUGUUUUUUCUUUUUGCUAAAAGGGCCGGGGUAAUGUUUCCAGCGUUCAUUUCAUCUUCACACUCCAACCUUCACUCGAUUCUGAAAAUAUGCGCUUUUGGAAUAACCAGAGUUGAGGCACAAUCGACCAAAUAUUUUCGUAUUAAAUUUAUAUGUAACAUCGUGACAAUCUAAUCACCAAUUUAUGUAGAUUGAGAAUUAGGUAAACAAUUUUGGAUCUUGGACACCGCUGACGCUGUAGACAAAAUUAACAACGAUUCGGUGUAUAGUUAACUUUUUCCGUUUAAUUGCUUUGGUUAGUGGGGUUGAGCUGGAGAACACAAUAAUAUAAGGUAAAACGAUACAUGUUGUAACUAUUUAUAGUAAAAAAUAAAUUUAAUACUAGAGUAUUUUUAGUAAUGUUAUAAUUUGAUAAAAGUUAAUAAACAAUUUGAGUUAAAGAGCUCGGAAAAGGUAAAACUGGCAUGAGAGUCAAUGGAGCAGAAGCAUGGAACCGAUGUGUCCACAUCCCUUCCCCUCUCCCUUUUAUCGCACAAAACACACACUCUCAGUCCCUUUUUCCUCCGACAUUUAUUAUUCUUUUCUCUUUUUAAUUUUUUAUUUCUUGUUCAAUUAGCGAAAAACAAAAAUCACCAAAGAUUCUACAUUGGUGCAAAAGAAAUAGGAGUAUUAAAAACCUUAUUAUAAUAAUAUGUCAAAACAAAAUAAUAAGCAGAGAAAUUAAUUCUUAAGCCGCGUUUGCAGUCUUAAGGACAAUGAUGAUGGACUUCUGACCCUUUUCUAGUUGUCAAAAUCAAACAUCAAAUCAACGUUAAGCAAAAACUGAGUAGUAUAUAUUUGCGCCAGGUUCCACAGGUAUCUCUUUUUAUAUUUAACUUUAAACAAAUCAUGCUUUGUUUGAUUAAUGACUGUAAAUAUCCAUCACUAAUAAAUGUUACAUACAUUUUUACAAAUUAGAUAAAACAUAAUUUACCUGAAUGUGUGGUCACAAAAAUAGUGUAUAUUUCUUAAAACUAUGGUAUCUUGUUAUCUACUGUCGGUCAUAUAAAUUUGUAAGCCCUUUUUUUUUGUAGAUAAGUUCGAAAACGAUUGUUUUUUUUUUGGUUUUUUAAUGAGAAACGAUUGUUUUCAACCGUAACUUUGUGUUUAUCAUGUGAGAUAAAAUACAAUACUCCAUUUGAAAGUGUAAAUGUAAGAAAUGAUAUAUUUGUUUCAUCUUUCAUUUGACAACAUUUUAAAUAUUUGAAUACUGUUGUAAAUCAUUUGCGAACUAAACUAAAAAAAACUCGAUUGAGAUAAAUAUCUGUAUUUAGUGUUUUUAUAUUUAUGUGAAUUAAUAAACUAUAACAUUUUAUAUCUGUAUUUAUAUUACUUUAAAAUAUUUUGUAAUUAAGGAAUGUAUCUUUUUGCCUUUUAUCAUUUUCAAAAUCAAUAUUUAAGAAACUAAAAUUAUAACUCAUUUGCAAAUAUAUACUUAAGCAAAUGCAAACAAAAAUAUAAAGAGUCAAAGAAUUAAGGUUAAUUUGGCUUUUCCAGUCUGGUCUUUUUGGGUGAAACAAAAGCUUAUUGUGGUUUUUAGUAAAACAUAGAAAGGAAGAGGAAUAGGAAUUACGAUAUUUUUAUAUAACUUGGCAAAAAUUUAUACAAUGUCACAUAUUAUUAUUUAUAGAGAAAGGUCGUAUGAUAGUAUUAAAAUACAUUUUGUUCAAAAUACCAUACAAAAUAAGUUUCUUCUGAAAUAGCAUUACAUCAAAUUUUAAAAUACUUUUUAAUUUUAUAUUUAGGUUUGUGGUUUAGUGAUUAUGGUUUAGUAUUUAAGAGGUAAACUAUGAUAAUGGUUCAAGGUUUCAAGUAAUUUAGUCAUUUUAUUUUUAAUUAAUGCUAUUUAAAUAUUUUCUUGUAAAUUUGUUUUUAACAUAAUUUUUGUGAUAUUUAAAUCAUUUACCUUUGAAAAUAUUAACAACAGAGCGAAAGCCUUAAAGGGAGCCUACUCUAAUAAACAUUUUACUAUUGUAGACUGAUUAAAAUUGAAUAGUAUUUGUAUUUAAAUUUCUGUUUACAUAUAAGAAAAUAGUACAAGUUUUUAAAUAUAUUUUGGUUUUAAAAGCAAUUUUAUUUGAAAUACUUUUGGGCAGAGUUAUCAUAUUUGAGAACCCACUCAUUUUUAUAUUGUUAGCUAUUUUUAUUUUUUGGUACAAGAUACUCACAUUGCCAGAAAUUCCAAAUGAGGUUGUUCUAACAUCACCACUCGUUUCAUUUCUCUGCAAAAAGCAAAGCCCACCAAAAAGCUAAAAAGAAACCCUAAUAGUCGUCUGACUCAUCACUCUUCAUAAACCCCCAAAGGCAGAUAAACUAAAUCAGCUUGAGUCUCAAAAGAUCAAACAAAAUAGAUUAUCUGGUUCUUCUUGCUCCCUUCUCUCUCUCUUUUUAAUAAUAAAAACUCAUAUUGGGCUAUUUUUAAUCCACUCUUUAAUUUGAGUGCUUCUUGAAAUGGGUGAGACAACAAAAGGAGAUGCUACAAAACCAUCACCAAAUCAAAUCUCCUCGCCUAAAGAUUCUUCACUUGAUCACCAAACUCCAACCCCAUCACCCAUCCACCACCAUCACCAAUCUUUCCACCCUUCUCCGAUCUUCAUCGCCACCGUCUCUUCUCCGGGAGCUCCGAUCAUCCCCAAACGACCACGUUUCAUCUCUUCCAGUGGUCUUUCUCCACCUCAAUGGAAAGCCUUGCCGUCACCUUCCACCUUACCAACUGCUGCCACAUUCCCUUCAUUACCGUCCCCUUCCACUACCGUUGUAGCCGCCUCUUCCACUGAAACCGCCGCAUCUUCACCGCUGGAACAAGAAGGUAUUAACACCGAGAAACAACAACUCGAAACGGAUUCGUUUCAACAUAAAUUCAGAAAAGGGAAAUACGUGAGCCCUGUAUGGAAACCACACGAGAUGCUAUGGCUAGCAAAAGCUUGGAGAGUCCAGUACCAAAAACAAGAAACCGGGCCUGGUUCCGGGUCUGGCGAGGGAAGAGGGAAAACACGGGCUGAGAAAGACAGGGAAGUAGCUGAGUUCCUAAACCGAAACGGUGUAAACCGGGAUUCAAAAAUCGCCGGUACGAAAUGGGACAACAUGCUUGGUGAGUUUAGGAAAGUGAACGAGUGGGAGAAAGGAGGAGAUAGAGAGAAAUAUGGUAAGAGUUACUUCAGGCUCUCUCCUUACGAGAGGAAACAACAUCGACUUCCCGCUUCUUUCGACGAAGAAGUGUACCAAGAACUGGCUCUUUUCAUGGGUCCACGUGCCAGAGCUCUGUCUAUUAAACGUUGUAUUGGCGGAGCUCCGGCUGACGUUACCUUAACACCUCCUUCUGUUGAGACGCUUCCUCCUAUUCUUCAUCCACCGUUCAUGACUUCAAGAGACGAUGAUGUUGAUAAUAACCGUAUCACUUCGAUCGGAAGAGGGAAGAGACUAGCAUUAUCGAUAGCUGGGGAUGAUCAUCCUCAAUAUCCGUAUACACACAACAUUGGUAGAGGGUCAGGUUUAUUCUCUAAUAGGUCAUACUUCAAUCCUUCUUUUGAGACGAUUCCUUCUUCCUCUUCAUCUUUAAAAGAUCUUCGUCGUAUUGGGAAAAUACGGUUAACCUGGGAGGAAUCGGUUAACUUGUGGGCUGAAGAAGGAGAGGUUGAUUAUGGGAGAAUUAGGGUUAGUGGGUCGAGUUUCUUGAAUGCAGACGAGCUCACCUACUUGGAUGAUUCCAUAGUGGCUUGUACAAUGGAAUCUUUUGACGAUGGACCUCUUAGAGGAUUCUCUUUGGAUAAAUUCAUUUCUGGUCAACAUCUUAAAGUCUUUGGAAGACAAAAGUCAACAUCAUCAUCUGCUCCUUCACCUUCAGUUAAUAUGGCAAAUUCGAUUGGUCGAGCUCAGCUUCCACUCGCAGUGCCAAUUAACAAAUCAAUAUCAACAUUGGAGUUCCAAGACCCAUCAGAGCAUUACUUGAGUAGCUUGCGGGUCCCGGCUGCAAAUCCUCCAAGCUUAUUUGAGCUAGGACGGUACAUUCAAGAACCGCCGCCAGAAAAUCUCCGGUUUCCUAUCCGGCGAGACGUCUACAAAGACUUGCCGCCGGGGAAAGAGCUCUUCUUCUCCACUUCCACAACGGAGCUUCUAGAUUGUAGAGCAAUCACAUAUGAUAUCAUCAGCCCCGUAAUGUUCCGCUUAAGCCCUAAUUCCGUCAUCUCCAGCAAAGACUCGCUGAUCCCUCUUUGGGACGACUGCGUUAACCGGAUGGUUUCAAAGUUUUGCGAUAUGGUGGUUUUGCGCAAACCGGAUUCGUCUUCUUUUGUUGAAAACGUUCAAGAUCAGUGGCCAAACGUUGUGGGAUUCGUAAAAGGAUUCGGAUUAUGGAGAGGAGAAGAGGUCGAGAAGGUACGCGAAGGUGCAGCUGUUCCUUCUUCUCUAUUGGUCAAAAAGAUUCUUUGGUCGUACGACGAUCUUCCUUACAUUCUUGGUUACCACGCAAUAGGGUUCACCGUAACCUUCUGCGCUUUGAGCCGUUCUUCGCAAGACCGAGUGGUCUGCACUGAUCUUUAUUCAUUCGACGUCUCUUCACCGUCGGACAGAAUCAAGGCCUUGGUUCCUUGUUACCGUCUCGCUUCUCUUUUACAUUUGCUUGCAGAUCGGUGCACUAUGAGGCAUUUAUGUUACAACGACUUCGAGAGAAUUAGUCAUAGAGAUUUCGUGACCGAGAUAACCCCUAACACGGUGACUAAGUAUUACUCAAGCAAGAGAAAAUGGAGUGUAGUGAAAGGAAUCUACGAUUUUCUCGACCAAAGAGUUCCACACGCGGAGCAUUUGAAUAGUGCAAGAGAGAAGGAACUAUCACUGAGUUUUAAGCCACGUGGAGUAAGAGUCAAACCAUGUAAUGUUGAUCAUCUUAUCGAGUCUCUGAUGUGUGUGACGAGAGCUCUUGUUGCGCUUCAUGACCUUUCGUUCAUGCAUCGCGACAUGAGAUGGGAAAAUGUCAUGAGAAGCGCGGAAAUGACGACAACCACAUCGGACGCGGAAUGGUUUGUUUGCGGGUUUGACGAAGCGGCUGAGUCCCCGCAGCUUAACCCGCACCGCUCUAUGGACGAGGAAGAGGAGGAGGAGAAUGGGAGGCAAGCUCCGGAGAUGGAGAGAGGGUUGCAUGCGGUGAAAGUGGAUGUAUGGGGAGUGGGUUAUAUGAUAAAGACUUGUGGAUUGACUAAUGUGCCAAAGAUGUUGAGAGAACUUCAAGGGAAGUGUUUGGAGCCGAACCAGGAGAACCGUCCAACCGCAGCCGAUUGCUUCCACCACCUGCUUCAGGUUCAGUCUGCCAGUUCAUCCUCGUAUUAGUCCUUUUAAUUAUAUUUCUUAGUUCACAUAUGAAUCUUGGAAACUUAGAUCAACAUUUAGGUUUUGACCAUCAGCCGAGAAAACUUUGUCCCUUUUUAAUAAUUUUGGCAGCUUUGAAACUGGAGCAACGUUUCGUUUCGAAUAUUUUGAGAGAUGGUAGUGAGUUGUAGUUAGCAGUGGAUAAUAUCUAAUAUUUUCGCUGGACUCAUGAUAUGCAAAAAUAGAAGCAACUGUAGCUUAAAAUAUUGUUUUCUUUA